UCCGGUGUGUUCGAUGCUAACAGCAAUUAGCCUUGUGCAGCUAACCAGCCGCGGAGCUGUAAUCUCCAUUUUAGCUCGUCGCCGCGGCCUCUCUCUCCGCUGUGGCCCGAACCAGGUGCUCCCCCUGCGGCCUGACACCCACCGCCUCUCCCCGGCCUCUGUCGGGCCUCUCCCCGGCCUCCGUCGGGCCGCUGACAGACCCUCCGGUGAUCGGCCGGUGAACCGAGUCUGGGCGAUGGCGAGACCGAGCCACAGCGACCACGUCCUCCAGCAGCUCAACAACCAGCGGGAGUGGGGCUUCCUGUGCGACUGCCUCAUCUCCAUCGGAGACAUUUACUUCCGGGCGCACAAGGCCGUCCUGGCGGCCUGCAGCUCCUACUUCAGGAUGAUGUUCAUCCGGGACCAGCAGGGGACGGGUAGGCUGGACCUCAGCAACAUGCAGAUCAGCGCCGAGUGCUUCGACCUCAUCCUGCAGCUCAUGUACCUCGGACGCAUCGUCGUGGGGAGCUACGAGUUCGACGAGCUGAAGGCGUCCAUGGCGUACCUGCAGAUGUACUAUAUCCCCGACUCGCUGGAGGAUCUCAGGGACAUCCGGAGCUCCAACGUCACCCCGUCCUCCUCAGCCUCCUCCUCCUCGUCUAGCUCCUCCACCGGCCCCGCCAGCGGGAAAAUGAUGUUUGGAGUCCGCAUGUAUGAGCAGCAGCGGCCUGCCGCAUUGGAAGCGGAGCACUUACCGAAACCCGUCAACAGCGGCUCCGGACGUCCAGCUGUUCCGGCAGCUGUCAGCAGGCCAGUGGUGGUGGAGGAGGUGGUGAACGCUCCUCCGAUAGUGGCCCCGUCAGCCGUAGACGGAGCCUGCGAGCAGCCGUGUGACUUGAGGAAGAGGUCCGGCGGUAGAAGUUCAACUCUCAAAGACCGUCCUCGGUUCGGCCGCACCUACACCUGCGACGACUGCGGAUUCGUCUUCAGCUGUGAGAAGCUUUUGAUCGAGCACAUUCUCACCUGCACUAACCGGAAGGCCUAUCACCCACCGAGGGGGAGCGGCGAGGGCGACAAUGACUCGAGCAAAGCUGAGAGCUCUGCGUCGGAGAGCACAGAGGAACACCGGGUCGUCUGUAAAGGUGAAGACGACUGGCCGGAGGUCAAGGCCAGUUCUGACCUCACGAUGGGGUCGGUCGCAGCCGGGAGAGACGGCGAGCCAGGGUCGACUCAGAGCAUCUCCAUAAAGACGGAACCAGAAGAAAGAAUGUUCCCUGAGAUUGAGAUGGUCCGAGUCGGUGACUACGCCACCAGAGACUGUAGCACGCAGUUCGGUGACACAACACGUAAAGACUCAUUGAGGGAGAAACCUGGUUCGGACCGGGACCCCGAGCCCGGCGUCUCGGGUUUGGAGAACAGCAGCGAGCCGUUUGACGUCCACGUGUCCAGCGGCGAGGAUUCAGGGAUUCCUGCGAAGCUUCGCAGAGUCAAAGAGGAGAGGCAGGACGCGGACUGUGCCCCCUGUGAACUGUGUGGCGCUCUGUUGACGGAGGAGGACAAGUCCGCCCACUACCUGUCCAACCACAUGGGACACAUAUGUGCCUGUGGACGGUGCGGCCGGGUGCUGAUCAAAGGCCGGCAGCUCCAGGAGCACGCCGAGCGCUGCGGAGAGUCCCAGGGCGGCGAGUCAGACUCCCACGGAGAGGACGAGGCGUCACUGCUGGAGGAGCCGCAGGGGCUGGAGGAGGGGCUGCUGGAGGCCGCCGACCUGGCCUGCCCCCACUGCGGACUGCUGUUCCAGAACGAGAGCCUGGCGCUAGAACACGCCUUGUCCUGCAACGACCAGGAGCUGUUCCGCCCGGUGCUGCUGGACGAGGGCGCCGAGCCAGAUCACCGACGGAAACACUUCUGCAGCAUCUGCGGCAAAGGCUUCUACCAGCGCUGCCACCUGCGCGAGCACUACACCGUCCACACCAAGGAGAAGCAGUUCACCUGCCAGACCUGCGGCAAGCAGUUCCUCCGCGAGCGGCAGCUGCGGCUGCACACCGACAUGCACAAGGGCAUGGCGCGUUACGUGUGCCCGGUCUGCGACCAGGGAACAUUCCUCAAACACGACCACGUCCGACACAUGAUCUCACACCUGUCCGCCGGGGAAACCAUCUGCCAGGUGUGUUUCCAGAUCUUCCCCGGCGGAGAGCAGCUGGAGAAGCACAUGGACGUCCACCUGUACAUCUGCGGCGUCUGCGGAGAGAAGUUCCGCCUCCGUAAAGACAUGAGGAGCCACUAUAACUCCAAACACACCAGGAGACUGUAGCUCCACGUCCUCCACACUCCUGCUACUAAAAGCCAUAAAUGUGAGAACAAAUAUAUGCACUUGACCCAAAAGAGACACUUUUUAAGUAUAUGCAUAGCCAGGCAGGUCGCCAUGACGACGAGUGCCUCACGCUCACAGCUUUAAUCCCUUCAGGUUGUCACGGAAACAGUCGAGCUGUAGAUUAUUGUGCAGAAUAUUUAUAAAUAAUUUUUCCAGACGAUCCUCGUACAGAACCCAAAGAGAACAGAGCCGACGACGUCACAGUCCAACACUAGAACGAACCAAAGUCAGAGGUAACUCGCAUCAUGCAUCACUCCUCCCUGAUUGACACGCCUCACCUUCACUCUGUGAUUGGUGCCUCACAGUCUUCACUGUCUUCUUCACAAUGAUGCAUGGUGGGAGGUGGACAAGCACCAGCACCGGCCCCUUCAGGAAGAAUCUGGAAACGGCAGAUUAUAAAAAAGUGGAAGAUGAAAACACUAGUGAUAUGAACCAAUCAGAAAUCAAUACUCGUCUGAACCGACAUUCACCAGGUUCUGACGGACCCAAAGGAACCCAAACAGAACAGGAACCAGCUGAAACCAGUUCAGAUCCCAACACUGUUGACAUGUGGCUCAAACUGGUCCAGAACCAGUUCAAAACUGGUUCAGAACCAGAUGAGGUUUAAUCUACUUCAGUCUGACCCAACCUCAACGUUUGUAAUAGAUAAAACAAACAAAACCAGUUUGGACCAGUUCAGAACAAACUGAAGCAAAACAUGACGCUCGGAACCAGAACCAGCUUCUCCUUCACUGGACUGACAGCGAUCUGAGGAACAAAACUGACCAGUCCAGUGUCCCGGUCCGGUUCAGGUCCGGUUCAGUUCUGGUGGAACCGGUCCGGACGCGUCAGUUGUUGAUGUCGAGCUCUUAAUAAAGCAUGUGACUUCCUG